GGGGGAGGGCGUGGCUACAUGGGUCAGAGCAGGGGCGGGGCUUGCGCAGCGGAGGAAAGCCUGGCUGGUUGUGUGGAGGGUUGUUUGAUUCCCACCCCCCACUCCCCUCUUUUUUUUCUUUCUUUUCUUUUCUUUUCUUUUUCAAAAAUCUUUCUUCUGACUCUUAUUAAUUUCUCUGUGGGGCUGCGGCUGGAGACCGCGGAGCGUUGGAAAUGACGUUCGGAGCUUUAAUUACUGCAAUGGCUGGACAAGUGUGAGGAAAGCUGACAGUGGAAAAAAAGGGGGACAGGAUCGGGGAGAAGCAAAGAAGCAACACCCCCUCCUUUUCCCUCCAGAUUUGGACAGGAGGUGCAAGGAGACUGAAGAGAGAGCUGAACAUAGCCCGGUUUUGGGGGGAGAGGCCGGAACCCCGCCGCCUCUUUGCAAUCAACUUUUUUUGGAAGCCUUUAUUCCCUCUUUCUUUUUAUUGUUGACCAACCAGUGAGGAGAGCGAGCGAGCGAGCGAGAAAGUGAGGAGGGAACGAGCGAGCGGAGGAUCACUCCGGGAACUAGCUGUACGUUGUGCUCGGAGCACCAGCCGCACAGUCGCGCUCACUCCCACCCGCGCGCCCUCCUCCGCGGCCCCUUGCCGGGUCCGCGGGUCCACGGGUCCUGGAAGCCGCCGCCGUCGCCGACUGGCUCUCCGGCCCCGGGAAGCCCGUGCACCAAGCGCGCCGCGCCCGCCCCCCUUGCGCCCCCCACGCGCUCCCGGCUGAGGGGGGGAGAUCUCCUCCGCGUGCUCGCAAGUGGCUAUGGUAUUUGGACAUGUAAUUGUCAGCGCGGGAUCUGAGACUUGCCAAAAAUGAAGCUGGCGACGGGACUCUGGGUCUGGGGGAGCCUUCUGAUGGCAGCGGGGACCGUCCAGCCCAGCGCUUCUCAGUCAGUGUGCGCAGGAACAGAGAACAAACUGAGCUCUCUCUCUGACCUGGAACAGCAGUACCGAGCCUUGCGCAAAUACUAUGAAAACUGCGAGGUAGUCAUGGGCAACCUGGAGAUCACCAGCAUCGAGCACAACCGGGACCUCUCCUUCCUGCGGUCUAUCCGAGAAGUCACAGGCUACGUCCUGGUGGCCCUCAACCAGUUUCGUUACUUGCCUCUGGAGAAUUUACGCAUUAUUCGUGGGACAAAACUAUAUGAAGAUCGCUAUGCCUUAGCGAUAUUCUUAAACUACAGGAAAGAUGGCAACUUUGGACUCCAAGAACUUGGAUUAAAGAACCUGACCGAAAUACUAAAUGGUGGAGUCUAUGUAGACCAGAACAAAUUCCUAUGUUAUGCUGACACUAUACACUGGCAAGAUAUUGUUCGGAAUCCAUGGCCUUCCAACAUGACUCUGGUGUCAACAAAUGGAAGUUCUGGAUGUGGAAGAUGCCAUAAGUCUUGCACUGGCCGAUGCUGGGGACCCACAGAAAAUCACUGCCAGACCUUGACCAGAACUGUGUGUGCUGAACAAUGUGAUGGCAGGUGCUAUGGACCCUACGUUAGUGACUGCUGCCAUCGAGAAUGUGCUGGAGGCUGCUCAGGACCAAAGGACACUGACUGCUUUGCCUGCAUGAACUUCAAUGACAGUGGAGCCUGCGUUACUCAAUGUCCCCAAACAUUUGUCUACAAUCCAACCACCUUUCAACUGGAACACAACUUCAAUGCAAAGUACACGUAUGGAGCAUUCUGUGUUAAGAAAUGUCCACAUAACUUCGUGGUAGAUUCCAGUUCUUGUGUACGAGCCUGCCCUAGUUCUAAGAUGGAAGUAGAAGAAAAUGGGAUUAAAAUGUGUAAGCCUUGCACCGAUAUUUGCCCCAAAGCAUGUGAUGGAAUCGGCACGGGAUCACUGAUGUCUGCUCAGACUGUGGAUUCAAGUAACAUUGACAAAUUCAUAAACUGCACAAAGAUCAAUGGCAAUCUCAUCUUUCUUGUCACUGGCAUUCAUGGAGACCCUUACAAUGCUAUUGACGCCAUAGAUCCAGAGAAACUGAAUGUCUUUCGGACUGUCAGAGAAAUAACAGGUUUCCUGAACAUACAGUCUUGGCCCCCAAAUAUGACAGAUUUCAGUGUUUUCUCCAACCUCGUCACAAUUGGAGGAAGAGUCCUCUACAGUGGUCUCUCAUUGCUGAUCCUCAAACAACAAGGUAUCACUUCCCUACAGUUCCAGUCUCUGAAGGAAAUCAGUGCGGGCAAUAUCUACAUCACUGACAACAGCAACCUGUGUUAUUACCAUACCAUUAACUGGACAACACUCUUCAGCACCAUUAACCAGAGAAUAGUGAUCCGAGAUAACAGAAGAGCUGAGAAUUGUACUGCUGAAGGCAUGGUAUGCAACCACCUGUGUUCAAAUGAUGGUUGUUGGGGACCUGGGCCGGACCAGUGCCUGUCAUGUCGGCGCUUCAGCAGGGGAAAGAUCUGCAUAGAGUCUUGCAACCUUUAUGAUGGGGAAUUUCGAGAGUUUGAAAACGGCUCCAUCUGUGUUGAGUGUGACUCCCAGUGUGAGAAAAUGGAAGAUGGACUCCUCACAUGCCAUGGACCGGGACCUGACAACUGCACAAAGUGCUCUCAUUUUAAGGAUGGUCCAAACUGUGUGGAGAAAUGUCCAGAUGGCCUACAGGGAGCAAACAGUUUCAUUUUUAAGUAUGCAGAUCAGGAUCGGGAGUGCCACCCUUGCCAUCCAAACUGCACCCAGGGGUGUAACGGUCCCACUAGUCAUGACUGCAUUUACUACCCAUGGACGGGCCAUUCCACUUUACCACAACACGCUAGAACUCCACUGAUUGCAGCCGGAGUCAUUGGAGGCCUCUUCAUCCUGGUGAUCAUGGCUUUGACAUUUGCUGUCUAUGUCAGAAGAAAGAGCAUCAAAAAGAAACGUGCUUUGAGGAGAUUCCUGGAGACAGAGCUGGUAGAGCCCUUAACUCCCAGUGGCACGGCACCCAAUCAAGCUCAACUUCGCAUUUUGAAGGAAACCGAACUAAAGAGGGUAAAGGUCCUUGGCUCGGGAGCUUUUGGAACCGUUUAUAAAGGUAUUUGGGUGCCUGAAGGUGAAACAGUGAAAAUCCCUGUGGCUAUAAAGAUCCUCAAUGAAACAACUGGCCCCAAAGCCAACGUGGAGUUCAUGGAUGAGGCUCUGAUCAUGGCAAGUAUGGAUCACCCACACCUAGUUCGCCUAUUGGGAGUGUGUCUGAGUCCCACUAUCCAGUUGGUUACGCAGCUGAUGCCGCAUGGCUGCCUACUGGACUAUGUUCAUGAACACAAGGAUAACAUUGGAUCACAGCUGCUGUUGAACUGGUGUGUCCAGAUUGCUAAGGGAAUGAUGUACCUAGAAGAAAGACGGCUUGUUCAUCGGGAUCUGGCAGCCCGCAAUGUCUUAGUGAAAUCUCCAAAUCAUGUUAAAAUCACAGAUUUUGGACUGGCCCGGCUCUUGGAAGGAGAUGAAAAAGAAUACAAUGCUGAUGGUGGCAAGAUGCCAAUUAAAUGGAUGGCUCUGGAAUGUAUACAUUAUAGGAAAUUCACACAUCAAAGUGAUGUUUGGAGCUAUGGCGUCACUAUAUGGGAACUGAUGACCUUUGGAGGAAAGCCCUAUGAUGGAAUUCCAACCCGAGAAAUCCCCGAUUUACUGGAGAAAGGAGAGCGUCUGCCUCAGCCUCCCAUCUGCACUAUUGAUGUUUACAUGGUCAUGGUCAAAUGUUGGAUGAUCGAUGCUGACAGCAGACCUAAAUUCAAAGAACUGGCUGCUGAGUUUUCAAGAAUGGCUAGAGACCCUCAAAGAUACCUAGUUAUUCAGGGUGAUGAUCGUAUGAAGCUUCCCAGUCCAAAUGACAGCAAAUUCUUCCAGAAUCUCUUGGAUGAAGAGGAUUUGGAAGACAUGAUGGAUGCUGAGGAAUAUUUGGUCCCCCAGGCUUUCAACAUACCUCCUCCCAUCUACACAUCCAGAACAAGAAUUGACUCCAAUAGGAGUGAAAUUGGACACAGCCCUCCUCCUGCCUACACCCCCAUGUCGGGAAAUCAGUUUGUGUACCAAGAUGGGGGCUUUGCUACACAACAAGGAAUGCCCAUGCCCUACAGAGCCACAACCAGCACCAUACCAGAGGCUCCAGUAGCUCAGGGUGCAACGGCUGAGAUGUUUGAUGACUCCUGCUGUAAUGGUACCCUACGAAAGCCAGUGGCACCCCAUGUCCAAGAGGACAGUAGCACUCAGAGGUAUAGUGCUGAUCCCACAGUGUUCGCCCCAGAACGGAAUCCUCGAGGAGAACUGGAUGAAGAAGGCUACAUGACUCCAAUGCAUGACAAGCCCAAACAAGAAUAUCUGAAUCCUGUGGAAGAGAACCCUUUUGUGUCCCGAAGGAAGAAUGGAGAUCUUCAAGCUUUAGAUAAUCCGGAGUAUCACAGUGCUUCCAGCGGUCCACCCAAGGCGGAGGAUGAAUACGUGAAUGAGCCUCUAUACCUCAACACCUUCGCCAAUGCCUUGGGGAGUGCAGAGUACAUGAAAAACAGUGUACUGUCUGUGCCAGAGAAAGCCAAGAAAGCAUUUGACAACCCCGACUACUGGAACCACAGCCUGCCACCCCGGAGCACCCUUCAGCACCCAGACUACCUGCAGGAAUACAGCACAAAAUAUUUUUAUAAACAGAAUGGACGGAUCCGCCCCAUUGUGGCAGAGAAUCCUGAGUACCUCUCGGAGUUCUCGCUGAAGCCUGGCACUAUGCUGCCCCCUCCGCCCUACAGACACCGGAAUACUGUGGUGUGAGCUUGGCUAGAGUGUUAGGUGGAGAAACACACACCCACUCCAUUUCCCUUCCCCCUCCUCUUUCUCUGGUGGUCUUCCUUCUUCUCCCAAGGCCAGUAGUUUUGACACUUCCAAGUGGAAGCAGUAGAGAUGCAAUGAUAGUUCUGUGCUUACCUAACUUGAAUAUUAGAAGGAAAGACUGAAAGAGAAAGACAGGGAUACACACACUGUUUCUUCGUUUCUUCAUAUGGGUUGGUUAACAGAGUGUCAAAGCUAGAGAAGGUCUAGGAAGUAUAAGGCAAUACUGCCUGCUGUCAAAGAGCCCCAUCUUUCUUCUCUUUGCACACACUCUCUCCCUCCUUCUCCCCCUGUCCCCACCACCCUUUAAUCUAUCUAUGCUGGUGGUCGAAAGUCCAGACUCUGUUCCCAUCUGUAGCCAUAGUCUUGUGCAUAUUCAGCAUCCCUGAAAUCAUACUACGGCUUCCAUUAGGACAAAAAGACGAGCGUUUGGACGUCAUUUGAUCGUAAGUGAGAUUGAGAAGCCAAUUUCUUUCUCCAAUAGUUUCUUUCUUGGCAAGUAAGAAUGGCCAACCCAGCUUUUGUAAUUUUUAAAUCUCCAUUAUAGUUAUAACUAGUAAUUAUGCUUGGAAGGCAUCUCUGUGUUCUUUUUUUCAAUUUUGGUUUGAUUUGGCCUAUUCUUUUAUAUUAGUUGCUCCCCAUUCUGGCUUCAGUUUCUAGUUGUAAAGAUAUUUACAUAAAAAAGCUUCUUGACAGAGUUCAAACAAAAAUAAUAUUAUAUGAUGUAGAGAUUGUUAUUUUAAAUCAUUCAGUCCUUAAAAUUAGAAGAGAAAGCCAAGAUACUAGUAAAAAUAGCAUCAAAUCUAGAUCUCACAUUUUACACUUGCAAGUUUUGUCUUCCCUUUUGUUUCACUCUUUACCAUUUUCUUCUCCCCCCAAAUGAUUGUCAGUGACAGGCAGUGAGAAUCUUAAGAGUGGAAGGGAUGCUAAGAAACAGUUCUGUGUGGUUCACAAAACUACUGAUACUUUCAGGGGUGGUCCCAUGGGGGAUCCAUGCAGUGGAAGAAACACUGGAUUGGGUACGUCUACAUGAAAGGUACUCAGAAAAGUAGUUUGCACUUAAGCUAUAAUUUUAUUUGUGCUUUUUCUGAACUCCACUUUGAAUUGUUGAAUGAAGCAAUAUGGAAGCAACCAGCAGAUUAACUAAUUUAAAUACUUCUUUUUUAAAAAAAAAAAAGAACAAAAGGAUCUAAGAUAAAUACAGACUGUGGAAAUAGCAAACCAAGCCAAUUAGGGCUUUGGAACAGUACCCAGGGAUUGGGAUGAGAGGGCCAGCACAUUAACUUCAUACUCUGUGACAUUUGCUGUGUAAGGAAGUCUCUUAAGUUUGUACGCUCUGUGUGAAGGAAUGCAAGUUAAGGACUGGCUUGAAUUCUAUGGAAUUUCUAGAAUGAGAUUCUGUUUAUAUGGACUAGAAGGUGACUUAACUCUUCACGCCUAAGUUGUUAUAAUUAGAAGUAAACCAUCAACAUUUGAAGCCUAUGAAUAGGUCCACACUUGAGUUAAAAGUUGUAAAUAAACAUGAAAACCCUUCUCAUGCAAUUAUUUUAUUGUCCAAUAUAUUAAUCUUUUAAUAAGUUAUGUAAUGACUGUCUCUUCAUAUACUACCAUACUAUGUGCAGGUUGUAGGUCCCUAUGUUAGGCUUAAUUUUGAAAGAACACCUAUAGUGUUAAGAUUAGUGAUGAGGACAAUGACAAAUGAAUCUCUAGGAAAUAAGGAAAUUUAAUACAUCCCUCUUUUCUAUAAAAUUAUCCUGCAAAUCAUUGAGGUUUUUAAACAUUUCUUUCUACUGUUAAUGUGUUAAGAGACCAUUAGAUUCACUAGCCAAAUAAUAAUAAUAAUAAUCAAUUAGAUUAAAAUCUUCUUGGUAAAACAGAGUGUACUUAAGGAAGAAAAAAUUUCAAGAAAGUUUAUGUUUCUACCUAUGCAUAAAAACUCAUGCAGCCAAAUCUAGAUUUAUUUGAUCGAUAUUUAAAGUCUACUGAAAGUAUGUGUGGGUUGGGGGUGGGGUAUGUCCAAAUAAGUGAAACCAUCCCUGACUUCAAAUUUUAACAGUCUAGAUUUAUUUGCUGUGACAUUCUUAUUUCUCCACGAGUCCAAGAAAUCAGAUUGCAUUAGUUAUUUUGUGAAUGGCUUCAUAGAACUUUUUGUAAAAGUUCUGAGAAGUCAUCAGGUUGUAAUGUAAACAUCCUUCAAACUAUUGAAGAUGACAAAUAUAAUCACUUCUGUGUUCUUAUCCAGACACAAAGUGAACCACAGGAGCAUUGCAUCACUGGUAAACUGACUUAUCUGGAGUGUUAACAGGAAACCAGGUCAAACUCCUGGGAAGAGUUAGGUUUGCUCUCUUCAGCAAAGAAAAGGGUGGCAAACUGAAAGUGAGAGGUAGAGACAGCAGAGGGUCUGUGAGAUCCUCUCUAGAGAAGUUUAACCAUAAAUUUACCAGAUCUAGAAUGAUCGAGGGGCCUCAGCCUUAAAGCCCAAAGCUCCCUAAUCCAAUUCAGAGGCAUCUACAAAGAUAAGGGACCUUAUAUAAGUACCUAUUUCCUAUGAAGAGUUAAAGUAAGCUUUUGUUAGUAAAUACAUCUAUCCCUAACCAUUACUGUCAGCACCUUUGGAAUGCUAUAAGGACAUUUUCUUUUCAUUUAUAAUAUUUGUAUGGCUUCUAGUGGGAUAAAGACAGCAGAAUUAUUUCAUUAGUAAAAGAAAAAGAGAUAAUCUUUUAGCUGUUAAUGCGAUGUAAAUGUAGCCACUGAGGGCUGCCUUUUCCUUCCCUAAAAGCACAGGAUUUGCAGUUCCACCCAUCUUCCCCUAGAGAUAGAUGUAGGUCUAAGUGAGAAUGACCCAAGGUGCCAUUUUUAUCAUUCCUUUUUUACGACUUUUUAAUAUGUACUUGAUUUCAGUUGUUCUGGUAUUUCAUGUCUACUUAUAUUUGACUAUCUAGGCCCUAAAUUCUAGGGAGGAAAUUAUCCAAAGAGUGUAUUAAAGGGACAACAAGCAGGAAUCAGGGAGGAUGCACAUUCAUUUGCUCAAGAGAAUUACUUGUUUAACCCAGUAAAAUGAAAUUCUAAGACACUAAUUAAAGCCUACAGAUUGCUGUGGAAUAUCAGGUCCCAGAACUGAGCAGCACCAAUCCAAAUAUGCAGAAUCCAUUUGUAAAACGGAGUAAAAUAAAUGGGAAAUUGAGCUGACUAUAUAUAUUUUUUAAUCAUCAAAUUGUAACACACAAGCUUAUCUUGGGAAAUCCUAAUUUCAGGCCUAACAAUAUUUUUCAGUGGAAUAGCCACUUAAAAGACACCAUUCUUGAGCAGAUGAAAAACGAUGUCCCCUAAGUCAGGGCAAGUCUAGAGUCACCAAACUGCUGCUACUCAAGCAAGGUUGAUAACAAACCUAGUCCCUGUUUUCUGAAUUACAUUAGCAGCGCAGGUAAGGAUAUGGUUCACUCUCUCUAGAAUCAUUCUUGAAAGAGUACGAAAGCAAUGCAAAUUGCAAACUACUAAAAACAAAAAACUAAAACUGUAAGUCUUACUAAGUAAGAGUUUGCUUUUCAUAGGUCAGGAAGAAUGGCUGAUAGGCUCUAUCUUGAAAGAAAAUAUGGGGGAUUUUUAAGUGCAACACGCUCAUGUGCUAUGCCUUUGGAGGAUGACACAUAUUGUCAAUGGUGGAGAAAAGUCAGUAGAGGGAUAUGAGGCUUCAUGAAUAGAGGGAGCUAGUGGGAUAGUGUACUUCCUGAGGUGUCAAAACUAGAAAGAGUAUACAAAAGUGGUUUUGCCUAUGCCUGAUACAGAGUUGUAAAUACAAGAUCCUCUGAACAUUUAUUUAAAAACUGGAAUUUGUUGUCCAUCUGUAAUUGUUGAUUAUUUACCUAGUACAUGUAGUUCGUACGGUAAUAAAAAUGGUGACCUCAAAAGCAUGUGUAAAACUGGACACAAUCAUGGCAAUGCUAUAAGAGAUAGAAUUAGCUAGGUUAUCAAAUGUUAAAUGCUUUCAAUAGUAAUAAGCAAAUCAAACUAGAAAACUAGCCAUGGAGCAUAAAAUAACAAAAUAAAGUUCAGGAUUUGAAAAUAUAGGAUGGAUUUUGCAUAGUAGAUUAAAAAUAAGUUUCCCAUUUAAAAUGUUUGUUGGUUGGACUUAGCAGGUAGUAGGUAUGGUGAGGUUUCAAUUGUAAAAACUUUCUUUAAGGCACUAAGGUUGAUUUUCCCGUGUUCUCUUAUUCCUUCAUUACAUUUUAAUUUAUUUAGUAUAAAGAGAUGCUAUAUUUGGGGAUUCUGGUUUGCAGACAUCACAUUGAAGGGUUUAGCAUGCAAAUAAACCACAGGAGGAUUUAAGAGAUCUUUAAAAUGAAUAACAGAAGUAAAAAAAGAGUCUAUUGCCUUUUAUGGUUGCAAAAAAUUUGAGUAUUUGACAGUAAUUUAGAAAGUGAGCAAAAUAUUUAAUUUUUGAAGUGGCCUUUCUUUUCCUACUACCUUGCUGAUAUAACUAAUAUGAAACCCAUUACCACUUUUUUUUUGAUAAAUAGAUGCUAAAGCAAACAUUUUUAACUAUUCUAUUGGUGUUCUUUGGACUCUUGAUUUUUAACUGUUUAUUUGUUAUGGGGCAAAUAGGAAAUUGUAGAGCAGAGCUAAAAAGCCAGACAAACCAAUUUCUACUGCAUAUAUCAUGGGAAGAGAACUGGGUUGUGCCUCUCUGUGUCUGAAGGACAAUAUUACUCUCCUGCAGACACACAAGGGCAGGAUCUCAUCUCCUGUUGACCAUCUGUUCAAGACCAAAUGCUAUAUGCAUAUGAGUGUGAAUCAGACAUAAUUUUAGAAGAUCUUUGACAGUUGAGACCUUCUUCUUGUUGACACUAAGAUGAGGCCAGUACUUAUGAUUUCUGAAUCAACACUUUUUUUUUUCUUCUAAUCCCAGAGAUGCCUUCGAAGGUGUUCUCUGUGCUGUUACAAACAUGAAGAUGAGGGCAUUUUAUCAGACCCAGUGCCCUUGUGUUUGUAUAUAUCAAACCUUCAAACAACCAGAGACUGGUUGUUUACUUCAUGAAAUAGAACUCUAUAAAAUGGUAAGAAUUUCAGACUCUCUCUGUUCAAGUCCCACUCGUUUAGUCAAGAGACAAAAGUGUAUGGUGUGUCUGACCUCAGUUUUGGCUAAGAGAUUGGGCACAGGAAAAUGCUUCUAGACUCACAGGCUGUAAAGACUAUAUAAGCUCCAAUAUCAAGGGAACAUCCACAGGCCUUCCUUGGAAAGAAAUAACUUGAAAGUCAACCUUGCAAGGAAGGGAUCACCUGGUCACAAAUAGAAAAUUUUAUUUCCCUCUGAACUUUAGAGGAAAAUGGAAUCUUUACUUUCCUACCCCCAACUCUCACAAAGCCUUUCCCAUGCUUUUACUAUCUCAAGUUCCAAGUGGCUUUCCUGGGCUAUCGCUUUCUUAAGCCAUAGUGGAUCUCUAAGGACCACAUCCUCCUUUGAAACACUGACCUAGCCUUUGCCUUCAAAUGCCUGAUUUUUUUUCCAUUAAAAUAUCCAACCACUCUAGAAGGUAUUUAAAUUGCUUCUUAAAUAAAACACAGCACAAAAAACUUAUUUACGGUAUGAGAAUUGUUUAUUCAUGACAAUUAAUUCUAUCACUGUGGGCUUCUCUGUAGGAUUUUAAGAUUAGUUAGCUCUGUAAUGUAUCUCAAGACUCACAUUGUAUGUACAUACACUUCUCGAUCUUACAUUAAUCUUUCCAUGAAAACUAUAUAUGUGUAUAUAUAGUUUUUAUGUAUAUAUAUUAAACUAAGUUAUUGCUGCCAACUAACUUAUUUACUUUGAUCACCUUAUUUUAUUUCUGAUAUAAAUAUUUUACAGCUGCUAGAGUUUUUGGUUUUUUUCCAAAUGAAGAAUUUUAUUACCAGAAAGGAACAGGCAAUUCACCUGUAAAAACCUCCUGUGACUUUUGUUGGAACAUCCAUCUAUCUAACACACUUAUAAUAAGCACCAUUUCACUGUAAUGAAAGUCCGUGUUGACUGACAGAACUCUAUCUACACUUUCUCUACUUUAGGAGGAAAUUUUUCUUUUAAUACUUUAGUGUGUUUUCCCCAUGCCACUUAAAGUGUUUAUAUUUGUAUAGAUAGACUAGUACAAGAAAACAAGCUUUUGCAUCUGUAGGCAAUAGUCCAAUUUGUCCAAAUCACUUUGUCUUUACUGCUAUUUUUAUUCCUGAUAUGUUAUGUUUUCCCCAGGCCUGUUGCCCUUUUGAAGAAAAGCAAACCACACUCCUUCUCUAUUGACAGAAACCUGAUGUUCAAGUAUCAUUUCCAGUGUUUUUCAGUUAAUGGAGGGGUUGUGUCCUUUUCCUUAAUGUGAGAGUCAUCUCCCUGUAUAGUUUUGGAUCUCUCAGGGGCUGGGAGUGGGGAGUGAAGAAACAGCUACCAUAGCGCUCCAAGAACCCUUAUGGAAUUACUCUGGUAAUCAGCUAUGAAAGUUCCUUUCUAACUGUAGAUAUAUGUAAGCCGUUCUUUUCAAGUAAGGUACUUUGAAACAUGUAGCAUAAACUGGUAAAUAAGCUGUUAAAAUGGGUCGACUAUUAAACUGAGCAGCUGUGCAAGGGGCAGCUAACUUUGAAUGCACACCUUCCUGGCUGGCCUGUGUACAUCUCAUCAUGUGUAAGCAACAUGGCCUCCAUUGCUACACACCAAGAGUAUGUCUCCACAUGCUCUGGCUGCUUGAUCAUCUCUCGCUGAGUAUCAUUAGUAAAUGAGAUCAAAUGUAAAUGAGAUUAAUGUGCAAGAUCAUUCAUGGCACAUGCACAAAACUAGGUCACGUUAAAUUUUUUAAAAAUUCAUCUCAUGUACGCAUCACAGUAGUUGGCUGAGAUCAGUUUGGGUGGUAAAGGAAGUCAAUUUGCAGAAAAGGCAGAAAUGUGUUCGUUUCCUUAUUUUCUUGACAUAUAAACAGAAAACAAGCCCUUGUUCCUCUGAAGAAUCAUCAAAGGACAGGGAUGUAAAAAAAAUAAUAAUAAUAAUAGCUUGCUGGUAAGCCAUCCAUGUUUCAUUUAAAUCCCAGCAUUCAAAGUUAGCUGCCUUUUUUGAAACAAACAAACAAAAAAUACUACUGUAUGUUUGAAAAUGUGAAUAGUAUUUUUAUAGCUUGUUAAAGACAUGGCUAGCUGCAUUUGUAAAUAAGGAUAAUGUUGCUUUGAUUUUCUUUGAUGAACAUCUUUCUUUGGAACAUAAUUGUCUUUAGGGUUGAUUUGUAUAUAAGUAAUUGGCUUGUGAUUGUUUCUCUUUCGGUUGGAAGUUAUCAUUUUGACAUUACCUGUGAUUCUGUGUUCAGCACUAUUGUGAUGUGUCCAACCUCUGCACUCGCUUACACAAUAGGAUAUGCCAAUUGUGUGUGGUGAAAUGUUAUUUUCAUUUUUUUUCUAUUUUACCUAUGAAGGAUUAUGCACUUAACACAUACUAACUUUUUUAAUGUUAGGUAUAUUUUUAGUAUAAUUUCCCGAUUCUUUCUUCUCCUCCAAUCUUUAAGCUUCUUUUCCCUCCUUCCCCUACUUUCUGUUAUUAUUGAGGAUGAGGGAGAAAAUGUAUUUUAAAUGGAUGUAAUUAGGCUUUUUGAGGUAGUUCUCAAGGAUCCUCUUUUGACUCUUGGGAAAGAAUUGUGCGUGCACAAAGCAAGUAUAGAAUGCGAGCUGCUUUGCCUCAUUCCGUACUGAUCAUCCCAGCUGAACAAUUUGAAAACUGUUCUGCCUUUUUGUUACAUGAAUCUGUCAGAAAUAUAUUUUUAAUUUAAUAUAAAUGAAAUUCAAUAAAAUAUGAAACAAAUGUUCUUUCUGUGCUAUAACUUUUUUAAUAAGAAAAAAAAUCAGUUGGGGAAGAGAAAGGUUUGUUCUGCAUUUAAUAAUCUGAAGAUGUGAAAAUGGCUUUAUUUUUGUUCAUGCUUAGAAGCCUCAUUGAUGAUUCUUCAGAAGCCUUCAGUUGGUUGGACCACGAUCUGCUCCAUAUGCUAUCACUAUCCAGGCAUGUGCCUGUUGACUUGUCUGCACAGCCUGUGCUUAACUAACGAUGGUUGCUUUGUUUCACUGGGAAUAAAAGAAAUAUAAAAUA